GCUAGUCUGGCAACAGUGCCUACGAGGGCAAUUGUUUGACAUACAAAAAAUUUGGAAAAAUCGAAAUCAGUGUAAUUUUUGCAAAACUUUUUCCGAAAAGCCGAAUAAAAAUAAAUUAAAUUAAUUAAAAAAUGGGCGAACAACCAAUAUUCACCUGCCAGGCUCAUGUCUUCCAUAUUGAUCCGAAGACUAAACGCACCUGGAUUACGGCCAGUAUGAAAGCUGUCAAUGUUAGUUUCUUUUACGAUUCUUCACGUAAUCUAUACCGCAUCAUAAGUGUUGAGGGCACUAAGGCGGUCAUUAAUUCCACUAUAACGCCCAACAUGACAUUUACACAGACUUCGCAAAAGUUUGGCCAAUGGAGUGAUGUACGAGCCAAUACAGUUUAUGGUUUAGGAUUUUCAUCUGAAGCCGAACUGACAAAGUUUGUUGAAAAAUUCCAAGAGGUUAAGGAAGCUACAAAAAAUGCCUUGAAAUCGGCUAAUGGAUCUGCCGCUGUGACGCCCACAACGUCUGCCAACACAUCUCCCAUAAGUUCGAGGACAGCUGCUAUGCAACAAAAUGACAAUGCCGCUAUGGUUGAUCCUCAUACUGUGGAACCGCCCAAUAUGUCAAACACUAAUACUCAAAACGCUAAUCCUGAUAGUCCCUCACAUAAACUUCUAACAACUGCCCCAGAAAUGAAACCGGAACUUGUAACGGCUCCUUCCCCAGCACCUAUGGUUAAUGUUAGCUCUGGUGGUGGCAGUGGAGGCAGUGUGGUUGGCAUGCAUACCGGUAGUGGACCCCCAACGAGUGAACAACAAUUAAAAUAUGAAAAUGAACGUUUAAAGAUGGCUUUGGCUCAGAGCUGUGCUAAUGCCAAAAAAUGGGAAAUCGAAUUGGCUACUCUUAAAAAUAAUAAUCUACGCUUGACCAGUGCUUUACAGGAAUCUACUGCAAAUGUAGACGAAUGGAAACGCCAGUUGCAUACCUAUAAAGAGGAAAAUAUUCGCCUUAAACGCGAAAUUGAAUUAAUACGUGCUGGUGCUCCAGUGCCUGCUUCUGUAGGUGGGGCGGUCAGUAGUGAGUUGGUUGAAGAGUUGAGACGUGAAUUGGCCGUUCUGAAAGCACGCAAUGAAUCAUUACAAAAUGAGCUUAUGAAUCAAGAACUAGAACUAAAGGCAGCUAAUAUGAAUCUUAGAGAGAAAUGCAAUGAUCAAGCGAUGGCUAAAAUGAGUGAAUUGAAUGUUUUGUUUGCUAAACAUUUAUCGGAACUAUUUGCUGUGCAAAAGGAUAUGGAAAAUGUUAUACAUCCACCCAAAAGCACUUGAGAUACAGAGACUAUAAAUUAUUAUAAAAAGAUUUCUGAAGAAAAUGCGGCUUCAUUGAGAAAUUAUUUACAGCCCAGUUUAGGUUUACCGUGUGCAGUGGAUACGGAAAGUACACUUUCCAAUGUCACCUCUAUACAAUCCCAGUUACAAUCAUUAUAUGAAACAUGUCAUGAUCCUUUGAAAAUCUAUCAAAGUCUUCAAUCAACUAUCAACAACAGCAGUGAUAAAACAUCAUCUCAUUUACAAAAGGCAUUAGAUAAACAUACACAACUAUUACAGGAGCUGAAACAUCAACAGCAGCAUCAUCAAUACAAACCUAACCAAACAACAUCACAUCACACUAAUAAUCCUGCUACUUAUGUGGUCUCACCAGCAAAAAGUGUCGGCUUAGGGGGCGGUGCAUCAAGUACUGGUGGCGCUGCUGCUGCUGCAGCUGGGGGUGUGUCUGGUAAAACUGCUACCAUAUUGGUUUCAAAAUCAAAAACCAAAACUGGUUUACCUUUGCUACUUAAAAAUUCCAUUAACAAUUAGGCUAGUAUAUGAAUAUUCAUAAUUAUUAUUAUUUAUGUAUAUCCUACACUAUUUUUACAAAAUUAAUAGAGUAGGUUUUUCCAAUGUGAACUGAAAUUUAACGAAUCGAAUUGAAAACGAGCCCAGUGCAAGCCAAUUUUUCUUAGAACAUCUUCGCACAUUAUUAUAUUUUAUAUUUUUAACGUAUAAAAUUGUAUUUUUUUUUAAAAAAUUUCGAUAUACUCAUAUAUAUUCAUAUUAUUUAUUGAAUUUAGUGUUUUAGUGCAAUAUUUUCUCAUUUUGUUUAGUUUUUUUUUUUAUUUUUGUUUAGUUUUAGUAAGAAAAAGUAUUUUCGAAAUUAUAUUUUUUAAUAUUGUUAUUGUAUUUGUUUGAUUUGCUAUCAAUCAUCACAGUAUUUUUUUGUCUUAUCAAAUUUCGAAUAACUCUCUCGUAACGAAUCUUUUAUAUAUUUCUACAAUUGUAUGUCUUUUUUUAUACAUGUAUGCUAUCUAUCUAUAUCUUUUCUAUAAAUAACUUAAGUUAAUUUAAAUGUUAAUUAUGCAAAAAAAAAACAAAAGAAAAUAAAUAAUUGACGCAAGUUAUAAAAUAUUAUUUAGCAAAUCUUAAUCAAAAAAAUUAAAAAUAACUCAAUUUCGAAUGCAUGUGUAUGUUUUUAGGUGUAAUGGGUUCUGUUUUAAUUUGAAUUACACACUAAAAUUCAUUAAAGUCCCUUCCCUGUUGUACAACGUCCUGUUGUACUGUUGCAGACCUGUGAUUUUACAAUUUCAAUAAUGCACUUCAAAAAAUUCAUACAUUUUAAAUGAUUUCUAUAAACACCCCAAACAAAACACAUACCAAACCCAAUUUUCAUAAUCAUUUACAUACCGAAGAAAAAGAAAAAUUACAAAAAAAAACACACACAAGAAACUUGAUAAAUGUUACGACGAAUAAAUAAAGAAAUUAAUAUUAAAUAUAAAUUUAAAAUAAUAUAAAUAAACUAAAAUAAUAAUACAAACAAUAAAAAUAGUAGUAAUAUUUAUACGAAAUGUGAAAUUAUAUGGUAAAAGAGAUGCGGAUAAAGAAUCUCCAUAGUUUCCACAUAAACUAUGGCGGACAGACGACAUACAGGCGUUUAAAUAUACAAGAAACUACAAUAUUAUUAAUACACAGGAAACAAACAAAAGAAAAAAAAACACAAAAUAAUUUAUAAUUAAUAAAAACAAAAUAAAAAAAUAUUUAUACUUGUAGUAAUCUAACAAAAAAAAGUAAUAAAAUAAAACUGUUAAGUUUUUAUUUAUACCUAAAAGGAAGAAAACAAAAAAAAAAAUAUAAGGCUAACAAAACAAAUAACAACCCUAAAACUAAAUUACCCUAACCAGUGAACCCAUAAAAUAGAACAACAAUCCUCAAAUCUCUCUAAAUACUAAACCAAAACACCCACUACACACCACACUGUCCUAAUACAUACAUACUCCAAACUACUACCAACAAAUCUUCUUUACUUAGGAAUGAUUCAUAGCUAAAGCCGACCUAGCAUGAAUUAAUCAAGAAACAACAACCAGAAAAUACAAUAUAUAUUAUUUUUUCUACAAUUAUUUUAAUUUAAUGUUUAAAUUUAUGUAAAGUUUUAUUGUAUGAAUGAUGCUGCAAACACGAUUUAGAAAUAUUAUAAAAUAAAAUUAUUAAGAUAAAUGAAGAACGAUCACUGAUGAUCGAUCAUCACAGUCAUCAUUAUCAUCAUCAAUCCACUUAUAAAAACACACAAAAUAAAGAAACUUUUUUUAUUGUACUACUUUUUAAUUUUCUUUUGUUUAGUUUGAAAAAUAAAACGAAUUAUUAUUAAAUAUUAAAAUAUA